GUCCCAUUUCCUGUUGAUAAACUCCAGUAAUGGCGCUAAACCAGAAUCAGACUUGUGUCUCGUGGUACUUGGGAACAUUUGUGUCAGUAUGCUUGGUACGCUAGAUAGGUGGAGUUUCAAGAUCAUUCACAAUUUUGUACCGCAGCCCCAACCUGGCCCCGCAUAUAUAUAUUUUGCCUUUGUAGCGUUUCGUAAUGUGUCUGUGAAACGGUGUUCAUGGGGACAGAUGGAAGACAUUUGCCCGCAUUUGUUCCUGGACAUACGGCACACAGGCUCGCUUAAGACAGAAAGGGCAGGAGAUGAACCAGUUUCUGACUGACAGGCAGCAUAAUGUGACCCAGCUGGCUUAUUAAUACAUCUGUCAGUCUGUGUUUCGGUGCCGUGUAGAGUUCCUGAUGACACAGAUGACACAUUUAAGCACUCAUGUGAUGCUCACUUUAAAAGCUGCUUAAUUAAACUGGGCCUGUGGAUGUUUUGCUUCUGGUCAGAUCAUCAAAUUUAAUAAAUAAAUUUAUAUAUAUACUGUAUAUGAGUAUUGAAGACCUCAGAGUACUGCCUUUCCUGUACACCACAAAUUGACCAUGUUUUAGAAACCACUAAGAUUAAUGUGGGAUUACUCCCUGGCUGGGCUUUAAUGGUUACGUAAAAUCCAGCUGUAAAUCCAGAAUAACUUGGUGGGAUUAGAUCCAUUUGAGUGUUUAGCAUGGAGUGAGAGGGGACGGCAGUGGCUGCAGAUGGGGGCAUCGUCCCGGGGAGCCAACCCAGACAUCAUAAUCUAACCUUGUAUCCUGCUGAGAUAGAAAGCCGAGGGUGCAGAAGAAAGGGAUUGCUAAAUGGAUACACACACGCAGAGCUCGGACAGAGAGAUGCAGCGGGGAAACAGUAAUUUGGCGAGUCGGCACCGAGGGAAACUGCUGUGGUAAUGGAAAGAAUUUAGAGACCGAGCGUCUGGCUGGCUCCUCCUUCUGAUGGCACUUGUGGAUGUCUGCUUUCAUGGCUCAGACUGUCUGCGCGUGAACUCCGCCACAUGUCUGAUGAGGAUAACGAUGCAGUAAAUGCACACUGCUGCUGCUGCUGCUGGUGUUUGGGAACCUUUCAGCAAAGGAGAACCCUUCAUUCGUGAAGCAAGUGGAUCGUCCUUUUCCUGCUGUCAGUGAACAUCUCCAGAGUUUGCAUUCACAUUGUUAUUCGUCAGCGUCCUCUUGGUGUGAGCUGGUUCUUCUCGUCGGCACCAUGAUGUUCUGCACCACUUUUCUGUCUGCUCCCUCUGAGGAGCUCGGCUGUGAGGCUGCUGCAGGAAGAGCUCCGUUAGGAGGAGGGGGUCUGGGCCCCGCGGCUUGCUUGUCCUCCCUGCACUGCUUGGUUCUCCCACAGGACGAACUGUACCCGCCUCUGCCCGACCCGGCCCGGCCGCUCUCGAGCAGCCGAGACGAGCGGGCUCAGAGCUUUGUCGGAAAGGUGCUUCUCGAUGUCAGCGUGAGCCCCUGCAGGGAAAGAGGGGGUGGGUGCAUUUGGGACAGGGUGAGAAGGCAACGCAGUCGCUCGGCCUCGCCGUCGCCCAGCAAAUCUCCCAAAAGUCCUCGUAGCCCGGGUGUUAAAGGUCCCACGCUACACAUUGCCACGGUCGACAUUAAAAACCCCGAGAUCAACAGUGUCCAUCGCAGUGGCGUCCACCACAACAAGCCUCAGAUAAACAACAUUAUUCCAUCCUCCUUACCCAAGAUAGAGAAGAAGGUCAAGGGAGGCAAGCGGAAGAAGCUGACCAAAGCAGACAUCGGCACACCCAGCAACUUCCAGCACAUUGGUCAUGUCGGAUGGGAUCCAAACACAGGCUUUGAUUUGAAUAACCUGGACCCGGAGCUAAAGAACCUGUUUGAUAUGUGCGGCAUCUCUGAGGCUCAGCUGAAAGACAAGGAAACCUCUAAGGUCAUCUAUGACUUCAUAGAGAAGAAAGGAGGAGUAGAAGCAGUGAAGGAUGAGCUACGGAGGCAAGGUCCGCCCAGGUGGAGUGCUCCACCACCUCCUCCAUCCAGAGGAGGCCCUCCUCCCCCACCACCACACCACACCUCAGCCCCUCCACCUCCCCCUGCUCGUGGACGCGGUGCUCCACCUCCUCCUCCUCCCUCCAGAGCUCCCAACUCUGGGCCCCCACCUCCGCCCCCAUCCCGACCUGGCAUGUCCGCCCCACCGCCGCCCCCGCCGAGCCGAGGCUCUCUCCCGCCGCCUCCUCCGCCAGCCCAUGCCUCAAUCACUCCACCACCUCCCCCGCCGCCGCCUCCAGCAUCCUCAAUUCCAUCCAGUACUGGAGCACCUCCUCCCCCUCCUCCUCCACCGCCGCCAGGCCCCCCACCCCCUGGUCCCAUGUCAGAGGCUAACGGAGGGGAGCCAGGGAAGUCGGCACUGCUGAGUCAGAUCAGGGAAGGCACCCAGCUGAAGAAGGUGGAGCAGAAGGAAAGGCAAGCAUCCAACACCGGCAGAGAUGCGCUUCUGGACCAAAUCCGACAAGGAAUCCAGCUUAAAUCGAGGGAUGACAAUACAGAGUCAAGUCCUCCCACCCCAGCCCCGUCUUCAGGCAUCGUUGAUGCCCUGAUGGAGGUGAUGCAGAAAAGAAGCAAGGCUAUUCACUCAUCAGAUGAAGAUGACGAUGAUGAGGACGACUACUCUGAUGAGGAGGAAGAAUGGGAGGACUAGUUUGUUUUUUGUUUUUUUUCCCCUCCCCUUCACGUCUCUGGAUGAUUACGACACUAAAAUUGUUCUUGUCUCUAAAAAGAAAUCUUUAAUUUCAAAAUUAUCAUAGUAAAUGUUCUGUCGAUUUGCUGUAUAUUUUUGUUGCCUUCAUGCUUUUUUUUUUAAUUAUUUGUGCAAUACCUCAUUUAAUCUGUAAGUGUCAUUCUCCUAUCUUUCUGUCUUUCUUUAUCUUCAACAUGUCUGCUUUCCUGUCUGCUCCAUCUGUGUCUUUAUACCGAUGUGUCUCAUCUCCCAUUUCAUUGGUCUCCUCUUUGAUGUUGAUCUCCUCCAUCUGUGACUCGGCGUCCCAUCACUCAUGUUCUCUCUCUCCACGUUCCCUCGGAUCCCAGAUUAACGUGCAAUUUUACACAAAGUUGUCUCUUGAACCUUAGAGGUGAAUGUCUGUUUUUUAUUUUUCUGGGUCAAGGACUGAGUGGAGGAUUAGCUUCCAUCAAUCCUGCAUCAGUCAUGUUAUUAUUUUUCGUCGGGAGGAAAAAAAAUUGAACUAUUUUCAUACCCUAGUGCUCUGUAGUUUAUUUUUACGUAUUAAAAGGAUCCUAGUUUAGCACUCAUAUUUUCUUAAUACAAAGGAGGAAAAAAAGAAAAUGCUAUUUACUGUCAUUUGCUGUUGACUGUAAAUUUGCUCCAGAGUCGGAGUCUUGUUAUAUUUUUGCACAGAUUGAAAGAUGAGGCUUGCUGCGUAAUUAAAGGACAUUUUCAGGCCAUAGUUCAAAAGCAUACAUGCUUCAGUAAUAGGGCAAAAUACAUGUAGACAGUUAGCAUUUGUAACCGUGAGCAACCACAUGACAAAUGGUAAAUACAUGGAGGUAGCCUACGUUGCUAGGGACACACUACACACUACGCCACUCUACCACCCCAGUUGAUUUUUUUUUUUUUUUUUUAAAUGUAACUUUUUCUUACAGUAUGAAGGUGACUGUUAAUAAAUGCCUGUUUGUUGGAAUGAGGUGAUUCAUCAUGUACAGCUUGAGGAAUAAAUACAUUUUAGUUUUACACACCUGAUGCUUAUAAUGGGUUUUAAUGCUAAGUUACUUUACAGCAGUGGGCGAAAGUAGACUUCAUCUAGUAGACAGUAACCGUAAAAUGUGGGGCACUGUUUAAACCACAAAGGCAUUAUGAAGUGGAACAUACAGUAGGAAUCACCUGUAUCUGCAUACAAGGACCAAUUAAUGUCAGUAAAUUAAGAAUCCUAACAAUCAUACGAUAAAUACUAAGACAUACACCAUUCCACCAGACUAGUGGCUGAUGGUUAAAGUCUACGCUGACAAAAUCAUGCUCAUACUUUCAGAAGCAUAUUAGCCUUAGACGUGUUAGAGAGAUUUAAUGACAUUUACUGAGGGGAUUGUUCUUUAAAUAUCCUGAAAGUAUCACAACACUACAGUUAUUUUCGGUCGCUUUUAGAGAAGCGUCACCCCCCACUGUGACGCAGGCAGCGAAGACAGGUUCCUUAAUGCAUUGACUUGUGUCCAAAUGCCUUUUUAUUUCCUUUUCUGUUUGCGGGUGAGCAAAAGGAGGCGUGAACUCUGCCUUUGAGUCAGAUUGCCAUUUGUUGGAUGUUAAGGACUUGCCUCUACUGGCCAUGUUUUUACUCCUAGCUUCUGUAGGUAACUUGGUUAAUAGGAUUCUGUGGGUGCUGAGCCGUAUCAGAGGCUGCACAAGUAAUGGAUUCUUACAUUGUACACUCCAAUAAAAGGUUGAUAUUUACAUGA